GCCCCAAAUGGGGACAAAUGGGGACAAGCUGACGUGUGUUUCUCUUGCAGCCACCGCAGUGACAUUGACCGUACAGACAACUGCCAGUGUCACCCCCACCAUCAACGUCACCCCAACCAGCGUCAACCCCAAUAGUGUCACCUCCAUCAGUGUCACCCCCAACAGUGUCACCUCCAAUAGUGACACCCCCACACGGACCUCAGGGGGGGCCUCCGUUGGUUCCCCCAGCACUUUAUGGACCUCUAUGGACGGUACCGGCACCACGGGGACAAUGACAGACAGCACCCAUGGCACCACCAAUGGGGGCACCACCAAUGGGGGCACCACCAAUGGGGGCACCACCUCUACUGUCACCUCCAUCGAUGUCACCUCAUCUACUGUCACCUCCAAUGAUGGCACCACCAUCGAUGUCACCUCGUCUACUGUCACCCCCAAUGAUGUCACCUCAUCUACUGUCACCUCCAAUGGUGGCACCACCAUCGAUGUCACCUCAUCUACUGUCACCUCCAAUGAUGUCACCUCAUCUACUGUCACCCCCAAUGGUGGCACCACCAUUGAUGUCACCUCAUCUACUGUCACCUCAUCUACUGUCACCUCCAUUGAUGUCACCUCAUCUACUGUCACCUCCAUUGAUGACACCUCAUCUACUGUCACCCCCAAUGGUGGCACCACCAUUGAUGUCACCUCAUCUACUGUCACCUCAUCUACUGUCACCUCCAAUGAUGGCACCACCAUUGAUGUCACCUCAUCUACUGUCACCUCAUCUACUGUCACCCCCAAUGAUGUCACCUCAUCUACUGUCACCUCCAAUGAUGACACCACCAUUGAUGUCACCUCAUCUGCUGUCACCUCAUCUGAUGUCACCUCCACUGCUGUCACCUCCAGUGCCACCACCACCAUCGAUGCCACCUCAUCCACUGUCACCUCCUCUACUGUCACCCCCAAUGGUGGCACCACCAUUGAUGUCACCUCAUCUACUGUCACCUUGUCUGAUGUCACCUCAUCUACUGUCACCUCCUCUACUGUCACCCCCAAUGAUGUCACCUCAUCUACUGUCACCUCCAAUGGUGGCACCACCAUCGAUGGCACCUCCAAUGAUGUCACCUCACCUACUGUCACCUCAUCUGAUGUCACCUCCACUGCUGUCACCUCCAUCGAUGUCACCUCAUCUACUGUCACCUCCUCUACUGUCACCUCAUCUACUGUCACCUCAUCUACUGUCACCUCCAAUGAUGGCACCACCAUCGAUGUCACCUCAUCUACUGUCACCUCCACAGGAACCACCCCCACCGAUGUCACCUCCACUGCCGUCACCUCCACUGCCAUCAUCACCUCCACUGCUGUCACCCCAACUGAAGCCACCCAGUCAGAUGCCACCACCAUGGAUGUCAGCUCCCCUUCUGCUGCCUCCACUGCUGUCAGCUCUAGUGGCACCACCUCAGAUGUCACCUCCACUGCUGUGACCCCCACUGGAUCCACCCCCACAGCUGUCAGCUCCACUCCAACCUCAUCAGUGUCCUCUACAGUCUCUGCUACAACUGAAGGAGCCUCCACUGCUGUCACCCCCUCUACUGUGACCCCCACUGGAACCACCCCCACCAAUGUCCCCUCCUCUGUGGCCACCACCAUCGAUGUCAGCUCCUCUACUGUCACCCCCACUGCUGUCACCUCCACUCCAACCUCAUCAGUGUCCCCUACAGCCUCUGCUACAACUGAAGGUGUCUCCACUGCUGUCACCUCCUCGUCUGUCACCCCCACAAGUGGCACCACCAUCCAUGUCCCCUCCUCUACUGUCACCCCAACUGCUGUCACCCCCACUGCCACCACCUCCUCUACUGUCACCCCCACUGGAUCCACCCCCACUGCUGUCCCCUCCUCUAUUGUCACCACCAUCGAUGUCAGCUCCCAUUCUGCUGCCUCCACUGCUGUCAGCUCCUCUAGUGGCACAACCUCAGAUGUCCCCUCCUCUACUGUCACCUCUCCUGUUGUCACCCCCACAACUGCCACCCCCACAUCUGUCACCUCCACUCCUGCCUCAUCAAUGUCCUCUACAGCCUCUGCUACAACCAAAGGAGCCUCCACUGCUGUCACCUCCUCUACUGUCACCCCCACUGGAACCACCCCCACCAAUGUCCCCUCCUCUGUCACCACCAUCGAUGUCACCUCCCCUUCUGCUGUCAGCUCCACUGCUGUCACCCCCACCACUGUCACCCCAACUGAAGUUACUACCUCAGAUGUCCCCUCCUCUACUGUCACCCCCACUGGAUCCACCCCCACAUCUGUCCCCUCCACUCCAACCUCAUCAAUGUCCCCUACAGCCUCUGCUACAACCAAUGGAGCCUCCACUGCUGUCACCUCCCCUGGAACCACCCCCACAGCUGUCAUGUCAUCUACUGUCACCUCCUCUACUGUCCCCUCCACUCCAACCUCAUCAAUGUCCUCUACAGCCUCUGCUACAACCGAAGGAGCCUCCACUGCUGUCACCCCCUCUACUGUCACCUCCUCAGUUGUUCCCUCCACUGCUGUGACCCCCACUGGAACCAUCCCCACCAAUGUCCCCUCCUCUACUGUCACCCCCAUAACUGUCACCUCCCCUUCUGCUGCAUCCACUGCUGUCACCCCCACCACUGUCACCCCAACUGAAGUUACUACCUCAGAUGUCCCCUCAACUGCUGUCACCCCCACUGGAUCCACCCCCACAUCUGUCCCCUCCACUCCUCCUACCUCAUCAAUGUCCCCUACAGCCUCUGCUACAACUGAAGGAACCUCCACUGCUGUCACCUCCUCUACUGUCACCCCCACUGGAACCACCCCCACCAAUGUCCCCUCCUCUACUGUCCCCACUAUUGGUGUCACCCCCACUUCUGCUGCAUCCACAGCUUCCAGCUCCACUGCUGUCACCUCUCCUGCUGUCACCCCCACCACUGCCACCACAACUGAAGUCACCCCCACAGCUCUCACCUCCUCUACUGUCCCCUCCACUGUCACCUCCUCUGGAACCACCCCCACUGCUGUCACCUCCUCUACUGUCACCCCCACAUCUGCCACCACCAUCGAUGUCACCUCCCCUUCUGCUGCCUCCACUGCUGUCAGCUCUAGUGACACAACCUCAGAUGUCCCCUCCUCUUCUGUCACCUCCACUGGUUCCACCCCCACAUCUGUCCCCUCCACUCCAACCUCAUCAAUGUCCCCUACAGCCUCUGCUACAACCGAAGGAGCCUCCACUGCUGUCACCCCCACCUCUGUCACCCCCACAAGUGGCACCACCAUCCAUGUCCCCUCCUCUACUGUCACCCCCACAGCUGUCACCUCCACUCCAACCUCAUCAGUGUCCACCACAACCUCUGCUACAACCAAAGGAGCCUCCACUGCUGUCACCUCCUCUACUGUCACCCCCACAGCUGUCACCUCUUCUACCAUCUCUUCCACUGCUGUCACCCCCACCUCUGUCACCCCCACUGCCACCCCCUCCUCUACUGUCACCUCCACUGGAUCCACCCCCUCUGAUGUCUCAUCCACUGCCAUCACCACCAUCGAUGUCACCUCCCCUUCUGCUGCCUCCACUGCUGUCACCUCCUCCACUGUCACCCCAACUGAAGUCACCACCAUUGAUGUCACCUCAUCUGCUGUCACCUCCACUCCAACCUCAUCAAUGUCCUCUACAGUCUCUGCUACAACUGAAAGAGCCUCCACUGCUGUCAGCUCCAGUUCUGUCACCCCCACUGCUGUCACCUCUUCUGCCAUCCCUUCCACUGCUGUCACCUCCACUGGAACUACACCCACUGCUGUCACAUCAUCUGCUGUCCCCUCCACAUCUGCCACCACCAUCGAUGUCAGCUCCCCUUCUGCUGCUUCCACUGCUGUCACCUCAACCACUGUCACACCCACAGCUGUCACCUCCCCUGAUGUCACCCCCACAACUGCCAACCCAACUGCUGUCACCUCCUCUACUGUCAGCCCCACUGCUGUCACCCCCACAGAUGUCCUCUCUACUGCCAUCUCUUCCACUGCUGCCACCUCUACCUCUGUCACCCCCACAGCUGUCAUGUCAUCUACUUCAAUGUCCUCUACAGCCUCUGCUACAACCGAAGGAGCCUCCACUGCUGUCCCCUCCUCUACUGCCACCACCAUCGAUGUCACCUCCCCUUCUGUCACCCCCACAGCUGUCACCUCUUCUGCCAUCUCUUCCACUGCUCCCCACUCCACUCCCACAUCACCACUGUCCUCUACAGUCUCUCCUACAACCGAAGGAGCCUCCACUGCUGUCACCUCCUCUACUGUCACCUCUUCUGCCACCACCUCCUCUACUGUGACCCCCACUGGAACUACACCCACCAAUGUCCCCUCCUCUGUGGCCACCACCAUCGAUGUCAGCUCCACUUCUUCUGCCUCUACUUCUGUCCCCUCCUCUACUGUCACCUCUCCUGCUGUCACCCCAACCUCUGUCCCCUCCACUGCUACGUCAUCAGUGUCCUCUACGGUCUCUGCUACAACUGUGGGUGUCUUCUCUACUGUCACCCCCACUGGAACUACACCCACUGCUGUCACCUCCUCUACUGUGACCCCCACUGCUGUCACCUCCUCUAGUGGCACCUCCACUGCUGUCACCUCCACUGGAACCACCCCCACCAACGUCCCCUCCUCUAUGGCCACCACCAUCAGUGUCACCUCCCCUUCUGCUGCCUCCACUGCUGUCACCUCUCCUGAUGUCACCCCCACCACUGUCACCCCGACUGAAGUCACCUCCACCUCAGUCCCCUCCACUCCAACCUCAUCAAUGUCCUCUACAUCCUCUGUUACCUCCACUGCUGUCACCCCCUCUGGAACCACCCCCACUGCCAUCACCUCAUCUUCUGUCACCACAAUUGAUGUCACCUCCUCAGAUAUCCCCUCUACUGCCAUCUCUUCCCCCUCUGUCACCCCCACUGCCACCACCUCCUCUACUGUCACCCCCACUGGAACCACCCCCACCAACGUCCCCUCCUCUACAGCCACCACCAUCGAUGUCACCUCCCCUUCUGCUGCAUCCACUGCGAUCAGCUCCACUGCUGUCACCCCCACCACUGUCACCCCAACUGAAGUCACCACCGUUGAUGUCACCUCAUCUGCUCUCACCUCCACUGCUACCUCAUCACUGUCCUCUACAGCCUCUGCUACAACUGAAGGAGCCUCCACUGCUGUCACCUCCUCUGCUGUCACCCCCACAUCUGCCACCACCAUCGAUGUCACCUCCCCUUCUGCUGCAUCCACUGCUGUCACCCCCACCACUGUCACCCCCACUGGAACCACCCCCACAGCUGUCACCUCCACUGCCAUCUCUUCCACUGCUGUCAGCUCUACCUCUGUCACCCCCACAGCUGUCAUGUCAUCUACUGUCACCUCCUCAGAUGUCACUUCCACUCCAACCUCAUCAAUGUCCUCUACAGCCUCUGCUACAACCGAAGGAGCCUCCACUGCUGUCACCUCCUCUACCGUCACCACCAUCGAUGUCACCUCCCCUUCUGCUGCAUCCACAGCUGUCACCCCCACCACUGUCACCCCAACUGAAGCCACCACCUCAGACGUCACCCCCACAUCUGUCCCCUCCACUCCUACAUCAUCAAUGUCCUCUACAGCCUCUGCUACAACCAAAGGAACCUCCUCUACUGUCCCCUCCUCUACUGUCACCCCCACUGGAACCACCCCCACCAAUGUCCCCUCUUCUACUGCCAUCACCACCAUCGAUGUCACCUCCCCUUCUGCUGCAUCCACUGCUGUCAGCUCCUCUAGUGUCACCCCCACAACUGUCACCCCAACUGAAGCCACCACCAUCGAUGUCUCCUCCACUUCUCCUGCAUCCACUGCGAUCAGCUCCACUACUGUCACCUUCUCUACUGUCACCUCUCCUGAUGUCACCCCCACAACUGUCACUCCCACUGCUGUCAGCUCCACUCCUACCUCAUUAUUGUCUUCUACAACCUCUGCUACAACUGAAGCUGCCUCCACUGCUGUCACCCCAACCACUGCCACCACAACUGAAGUCACCCCCACAUCUGUCCCCUUCACUCCAACCUCAUCAAUGUCCUCUACAGUCUCUGCUACAACUGAAGGAGCCUCCACUGCUGUCACCUCCUCUACUGUCACCCCCACUGGAUCCACCCCCACUGCUGUCACCUCCACUGCUGUCCCCACCAUCGAUGUCACCUCCCCUUCUGUCCCCUCCUCUACUGUCCCCCCCACAUCUGUCCCCUCUGCUGCCAUCUCUUCCACUGUUGUCACCCCCACUUCUGCUGCAUCCACAGCUUUCAGCUCCACCGUUGUCACCUCCACUGCUGUCACCCCACCACUGCUACAACUGAAACAUACCACCUCGAGCUGUCACCCUCCGCUUACUGUGCCCCCACUGGAAUCCACCCCCACGUGCUGUCCCGCUCCUCUACUCUGCACCACCAUCGAUUUGUUACCUUCUCGUACUGUCACCCCCACUGGAACCACCUCACCAAUGGUGUCCCCUCCUCUACUGUCACCCCCAUCGAUGUCACCUCCCCUUCUGCUGAUUCCACUGGUGGUCCCCCCCACAUCUGUCCCCGUUGCUGCCUCUCUGUCCACUGUUGUCACCCCCGAUUCUGCUUGCAUCCACAGCUUUUCAAGCUCCACCCAGUUCGUCACCUCCAAUGCUGUCACCCCCACCACUGCUACAACUGAACAUACCACCUCAGCUGUCCCCUCCUCUACUGUCACCCCCACUGGAACUACCCCCACUGCUGUCACCUCCUCUACUGUCACCACCAUUGAUGUCAGCUCCCCUUCUGCUGCAUCCACUGCUGUCACCUCUCCUGAUGUCACCCCCACCACUGCUGUCACAACUGAAGUCACCACCUCAGAUGUCACCUCCACUGCCAUCUCUUCCACCUCUGUCACCUCCUCCACUGUCACCUCCUCUACUGUCCCCACCAUCGAUGUCAGCUCCCCUUCUGCUGCCUCCUCUACUGCCACCCCCACAUCUGUCACCCCCACAUCUGUCCCCUCCACUCCAACCUCAUCAAUGUCCUCUACAACCCCUGCUACAACCGAUGGAACCUCCACUGCUGUCACCUCAACUGGAACCACACCCACCAGUGUCCCCUUCUCUACUGCCACCACCAUCGAUGUCACCACCAUCGAUGUCACCUCCCCUUCUGCUGCAUCCACUGCUGUCAGCUCCUCUACUGUCACCCCCACUGGAACCACCUCCACAGCUGUCAUGUCAUCUACUGUCACCUCCUCUACUGUCCCCUCCACUCCAACCUCAUCAAUGUCCUCUACAACCUCUGCUACAACUGAAGGAACCUCCACUGCUGUCACCUCCUCUACUGUCACCCCCACUGGAACUACACCCACCAAUGUCCCCUCCUCUGUGGCCACCACCAUCGAUGUCAACUCCCCUUCUGUCACCCCCACAGCUGUCCCCUCCACUCCAACCUCAUCAGUGUCCUCUACAGUCUCUGCUACAUCCGAAGGUGCCUCCACUGCUGUCACCCCCUCUACUGCCACCCCAACUGCUGUCACCACCAUCGAUGUCACCUCCCCUUCUGCUGCACCCACAGCUGUCACCUCCACUGCUGUCACGUCUCCUGCUGUCACCCCCACAAGUGCCACCCCAACAGAAGUCAGCACCACAGCUGUCACCUCCUCUACUGUCAGCCCCACUUCUGUCCCCUCCACUGCUGUCACCUCCACGAGUGGCACCACCACAGAAGUCACCUCAUCUGCUGUCACCCCAACUGAAGUCACCAGCUCAGAUGUCACCACCACUGAUGUCACCUCCAAUUCUGUCACCACCGUGGAUGUCACCUCCACUUCUGCUGCAUCCACUGCUGCCGGCUCCUCCACUGUCACCUCUCCUGCUGUCACCUCCACAACAGCCACCCCAACUGAAGUCACCACGUCAGAUGUUACCACCGUCGAUGUCACCUCCACUGCUGUCACCUCCUCUACUGUCACCUCCUCUACUGUCACCCCCACUGGAACCACCCCCACCGAUGUCACCUCGACAUCAUUCACCACCAUCGAUGUCACCUCCCCUUCUGCUGCCUCAACUGCUGUCAGCUCCACUACUGUCCCCCCCACAACUGUCACCCCAACUGCUGUCACCUCCACUGGAGCCACCUCUACAGCUGUCACCUCUUCAGGUGUCACCUCCGCAGAUGUCACCUCCACUGCUGCCCCCUCUACUGGCAUCACCACCACUCCUGUCACCUCCACUGCUGUCACCUCCUCUGCUGUCACCUCCUCUGCUGUCACCUCUCCUGAUGUCACUCCCACAACAGCCACCUCAACUGAAGUCACCUCCUCUGGAUCCACCCCAACUGCUGUCACCUCCACUGCUGUCACCUCAGCUGUUGAAACCACCUCUGCUGUCACGUCUUCAGGUGUCACCUCCACGUCUGUCACCUCCACAUCUGUCACCUCCACAGCUGAAAGCUCCACUGCUGUCACCUCUAUGGGAGUCACCUCCACUGCUGUCACCUCUCCUGAUGUCAGCCCCACUGCUGUCACCUCAACUGAAGUCACUUCAUCUGCUGUCACCUCUACGGGCAUCACAUCCUCUGCUGUCACCCCAACAACUGUCACCUCCACUGGAGCCACCUCCACAGCUGUCACCUCUUCUGCUGUCACCCCAACUGCUGUCACCUCAUCUGUUGUCACCACCAGUGCCAUCACCUCCAUUGAUGUCACCUCCACUGCUGUCACCUCUACUGGCUUUACCCCCACUGCUGUCACCUCUUCAGCUGUCUCCACAACUUCUGUCACCCCCACCGAUGUCACCUCUCCUGAUGUCAGCCCCACAACUGCCACCUCUACGGGCAUCACCUCCUCUGCUGUCACCCCGACAGCCAUCACCUCCACAGCUGUCACAUCCACUGGAGCCACCUCCACUGAUGUCACCUCUCCUGCUGUCACCUCCUCUGAUUCACCUCCACUGNCUGAUGUCACCUCCACUGCUGUCACCUCUACUGGCAUCACCACCACAGCUGUCACCUCCUCUGGAGCCACCCCAACUGAUGUCACCUCCACUGCUGUCACCCCUUCUGCUGUCACCUCCACGGGUGUCUCCACAACUGCCAUCACCCCCACCACUGUCACCUCCUCUGCUGUCACCCAAACCACUGCCAGCCCAACUGAAGUCACCUCCACAGAUGUCACCUCAUCUGCUGUCACCCCAACUGAAGUCACCUCAACUGCUGCCCCCUCUCCUGGUAUCACCACCACUCCUGUCACUUCCAGUGGUGUCACCCCCACAGCUGUCACCUCUACUGCUGUCACCACAAAUGAAGUCACCUCCACAGGCAUCACCUCCACUGCUGUCAGCCCUACAGCUGUCACCUCAUCUGUUGUCACCUCCACUGCUGUCACCACUAUCGAUGUCACCUCAACUUCUGCUGCCUCCACUGCUGUCACCUCCUCUGAUGUCACCUCUGCUGUCACCUCCACGGCUGUCACAUCCAUUGGUCCCUCCACCUCAGAUGUCACCCCCACAGCUGUCACCCCCUCUGCUGUCACCUCAAGUGCCAUCACAGCCACCGCUGUCACCUCCACUGGAGCCAACCCAACUGAUGUCACCUCUACAGCUGUCACCUCCUCUGCUGUCACCCCCAUGGAUGUCACCUCGACCAGCGUAACCACCUCCACUGUCACUCCCACUGCUGUCACCUCUACUGGGUCCACCCCCACAGAUGUCACCUCAUCUGCCAUCACCUCCACAGCCAUCACCUCUUCAGGUGUCACCUCCACUGCUGUCACCUCCUCUGAUGUCACCUCAGCUCUCAGCACCACGGCUGUCACCUCCAUUGGUCCCUCCACCUCAGAUGUCACCUCCACUGCUGUCACCACCACUGCUGUCACCUCAUCUGCUGUCACCUCCUCUGGUGCCACCUCAAGUGCCAUCACAGCCACAGAUGUCACCACCACCGCUGUCACCUCAUCUGCCAUCACUCCUGCCAUCACAUCCACAGCCAUCACCUCCAUUGAUGUCACCCCCACAGAUGUCACCUCUCCAGAUGUCACCUCCAUCAGCGUCACCACCUCCACUGUCACCCCCACGGAUGUCACCUCCACUGCUGUCACUUCUACUGCUGUCACCUCCCCAGAUGUCACCUCCACUGGUGCCACCACUUCUGCUGUCACCUCCACAGCUGUCACCCCAACAGCUGUCACCUCCUCUGCUGUCACCUCCUCUGUUGUCACCUCCACUGCCAUCACCUCAACCGCUGUCACCUCUCCUGAUGUCACCCUGACAACUGCCACCUCCACUGAAGUCACCCCCACAGCUGUCACCUCCACUGAUGUCACCACCACAGGUAUAUCUACCUCUGCUGUCACUUCUGGUGCCAUCACCCCCACUGCUGUCACCUCCACUGGAGCCACCUCUGCGGAUGCCACCUCAUCUGUUGUCACCUCCACAGCUGUCACCCCUACGGAUGUCACCUCAACUGCCCCCCCAACUGAAGUCACCUCCACUGCCGUCACCUCUCCAGAUGUCACCUCCACUGCUGUCACCUCUACAGAUGUCACCUCCACUGCUGUCACCCCCACGGAUAUCACCUCAUCUGCUGUGACUUCUACUGCUGUCAGCUCCACAGAUGUCACCUUCACAGCCACCUCCACUGCUGUCACCUCUACAGAUGUCACCUCCACUGCCAUGACUUCCACUGCUGUCACCUCAACUGCUGCCAGUCCCACCGCUGUCACCUCCACUGGAGCCACCACCACCGCUGUCACGUCUACUGCCGUCACCUCUCCAGAUGUCACCUCCACUGGUACCACCUCAUCUGCCGUCACCACCACCGAUGUCACCUCCCCUUCUGCUGCCUCCACUGCUGUCACCUCCUCUGAUGGCACCACCACAGCUGUCACCACCAGUGGUCAAACCACCUCUGAUGUCACUUCAUCUGGUGUCACCCCCACAGCUGUCACCUCCACUGGAGCCACCCCAACUGAUGUCACCUCUACCGCUGUCACCUCCACUGCUGUCACCUCCUCUGACGUCACCUCAGCUCUCAGCACCAUGACUGUCACCUCCAUGGGUCCCUCCACCUCAGAUGUCACUUCCACUGCUGUCACCCCCACCGUUGUCACCUCCACUGUUACCUCCACUGAUGUCACCCCAACUGCCGUCACCUCCUCUGCUGUCACUUCUACUGCCAUCACCUCUCCAGCUGUCACCUUCACUGGUGCCAUCUCCACUGCUGUCACCUCCACAGCCACCUCCACUGCUGUCACUUCAUCUGCUGCCACCUCGAGUGCCAUCACUGCCUCCACUGUCACCCCCACUGGGGCCACCCCCACGGAUGUCACCUCAUCUGCCAUCACCUCCACCGAUGUCACCUCUACAGAUGUCACCUCCGCUGAUGAAACCACCUCUGCUGUCACCUCCACUGCUGUCACCCCUACAGAUGUCACCUCUACAGCCACCUACCCUCAUGUCUCCUCCUCUGCUGUCACCUCCCCCACUGCUGUCACCUCCACUCCUGUCACCCCAACAGACGUCACCUCUGUGGAUGUCACCUCAUCUGUUGUCACCACCACUGCCAUCACUCCUACAGAUGUCACCUCAUCUGUUGUCACCACCACUGCAGCCACCCCAACUGCUGUCACCUCUACAGACACUACCUCAAUGGCUGCCACCUCCACAGCUGUCACCUCCUCUGCUGUCACUGCCGCAGAUGUCACCUCCUCAGAUGUCACCUCAUCUGCUGUCACCUCCACUGCUGUCACCUCUAUGGAUGUCACCUCCAUAGCCACCUCCCUGCCCGUCCCAUCCACCACCGUCACCUCUACAGAUGUCACCACCACUGGUGAAACCACCUCUGCUGUCACCCCCACAACUGCCACCCCCUCUGCUGUCACCACCAUCGAUGUCACCCCCACCGCUGUCACUUCUACUGCCAUCACCUCUCCAGAUGUCACCUCCACCGCUGUCACCCCUACAGAUGUCACCUCCACAGCCACCCCCACUGCUGUCACCUCUUCUGAUGCCACCUCAACUGCCAUCACUGCCACCGAUGUCACCUCCACUGCUGUCACCUCUCCUGAUGUCACCCCUACAACUGCCACCCCAACUGAAGUCACCACCUCCGAUGUCACCUCCACUGCUGUCACCUCCACUGGCAUCACCUCCACUGAUGUCACCUCCUCUGCUGUCACCUCAAGUCCCAUCACCCCCACAGAUGCCACCUCAACUGUUGUCACCCCGACAGAUGUCACUUCUAUGGAUGUCACCUCAUCUGUUGUCACCUCCACUGCCAUCACCUCCACCCAUGUCACCUCUUCAGGUGUCACCUCCACCCAUGUCACCUCGACUGCCAUCACUGCCACAGAUGUCUCUACCUCUGCUGUCACCUCCUCUGCCAUCACCCCCACAGAUGUCACCUCAACUGUUGUCACCCCGACAGACAUCACCUCUAUGGAUGUCACCUCAUCUGCUGCCACCUCCACUGCCAUCACCUCCACCCAUGUCACCUCUUCAGGUGUCACCUCCACUGCUGUCACCACCACGGAUGUCUCUACCUCUGCUGUCACCUCCUCUGCCAUCACUCCUACAGAUGCCACCUCAACUGUUGUCACCCCAACAGCCGUCACCUCUAUGGAUGUCACCUCAUCUGCUGCCACCUCCACUGCCAUCACCUCCACCCAUGUCACCUCUUCAGGUGUCACCUCCACCCAUGUCACCUCGACUGCCAUCACUGCCACAGAUGUCACCUCCAGUGCUGCCAGCCCUACAGAUGUCACCCCUAUGGAUGUCACCUCCUCUACUGCCACCCCAACUGCUGUCACCUCCUCUGCCAUCACCUCUCCUGAUGUCACCCCCACAACAGCCACCCCAACAGGUGUCACCUCCUCAACUGAAGUCACCUCCUCUGCUGUCACCUCCUCUGGAGCCAUCCCAACAGAUGUCACCUCUAUGGAUGUCACCUCUACAGAUGUCACCUCCACUGCUGUCACCCCUACAGAUGUCACCUCCACCGGGGCCACCACCUCCACUGUCACCUCUACAGCUGUCACCUCCACUGGUGUCACCUCCACUAAAGCCACCUCUACAGCUUCCACCUCCACAUCUGUCACCUCCACAUCUGUCACCUCCACGUCUGUCACCUCCACUCGUGCCCCCUCCCCCAACACCACCUCCCCCAACGCCACCUCCUCUGCUGUCACCCCCCCACGCUCAACCUCCGCUCCUCCAAGGACCACCACGGCGACCACCACCCACGUCGUCACCACCCCUUCAGGUGUGUGUUACAACGGUGGCACCCACGACGGCAUUAAAUGCAUCUGCCUCCCCGACUUCUUUGGACCCCAGUGCGAGUUCCCCACCGACACCAUCGACACCACUGUCCCGUCGUCGGGUUCCACGGUGGCGGCUGCGGAGCUGGUUGUGACCGUCACCAACUUCAACUACAGCCAGGAAAUGGAGGACACACAGUCCGACGUCUACCGGCAGUUCGGGGAGCACUUCCGGAAGGAGAUCAGGAAGAUCUACGGGGACGUUCCCAGCUACCACGGGGUCAACAUCAUCAAACUCAGCCCCGUCACCACGCAGCUGAGCGGCCCCAUAAGUCGAUCCCGCAUCCGGAGAGACACCAAUUUCGGGCUGGGGGUGGUGGUUGCCCACGAGGUGGUUGUGACGACCAGCAGCUCCGGCCCCAACGUGACUGAGGAGCUGAACGAGAUCAGCGCCGCCCUGGUGGGCAACCUGCGCCAGGCCGAGAGCGAGCAGGGGCAGUGCCAGCACAACACCUCCGUCCUGUGUCUCACGGUGUCGCCGGACCCUGUAGUGUCACAAAUGACCCCGACGGACCCGAAUGCUGUCUGUUCCUCCGUGGCCCCCAUUGGCUUCCAGUCCUAUUUCUACGCCAUCACUUCGGGUCCCACCCUACGAUGCGUCACCGCCUGCGCCCCAAAUACGCCCCACACCAUCGACUGCAACUAUGGGGACUGCAGGGUCUCCACUGCGGGGCCACAGUGCCAGUGCCGUGACGUGGCCCUAUACUGGUACUCGGGUUCGCGCUGUUCGGGCCGUGUCAGCAAAGUGGGUUUUGGGUUGGGGCUGGUGGCCGCCAUCUUGCUGCUCAUCUGCAUCGUCCUCGCAGCACUGCUCAUGAGGCGAAGGACCGGGAGAUCGUCCCCCCCCUCCGACGGUUCCCAUUGGUACGAGUUGGACUCGGAGACUUGGGGGUCACCCGACGGCUUCACCUACAGCAACAGCGCCGCAGGCUGCACCCUUCGAAGCUUCACUCCCUCAUUGGACGCAGUGAACUCCUCCACGCCGAUGCACAUCGCCAGACCCACUUUACGCACGAGGUUCUGAGUCUUCCUAUGGGGCAGGAACGGCAGCCGGCCCCAUAACUGCAGCUCACCCCAUAGAUCCACCCUAUAGAUCCACCCUAUAUCUGCACGCGGGACGUGCCCACCCCACACACACACACACACACCCCUAUUUAUUAUUUAUUAGUGCAAUAAAUUAAUGAACGGCCA